UCUACAACAAACUCACAAUUUGAUCCAAACAACUUUCAACUUUCCCUCAUUUUCUUUCUAGUUUUCUUUAGUUGAAGGCUCUAAUGGCUCCUACUUUGGCCUCUGCAACUGGUUUAGCCAAGGCUGCCAGCAUUUCCAGCCGGGCAUAUGUAACUUUCUUGGCCGGUAACGGCGACUACGUGAAGGGCGUGGUGGGGCUGGCCAAGGGGCUGAGAAAGGUGAAAACCGCCUACCCACUUGUGGUGGCGGUACUGCCGGACGUCCCGGCGGAGCACCGCCGCAUUCUGGAGGACCAGGGCUGCGUCGUCAGGGAGAUCGAGCCGGUCAACCCGCCAGAGAACCAGACCCAGUUCGCCAUGGCCUACUACGUCAUCAACUACUCCAAACUCCGCAUCUGGGAGUUUGUGGAGUACAGUAAGAUGAUAUACUUGGACGGAGACAUACAGGUGUUUCGUAACAUAGACCAUUUGUUUGAUUUGGAUGAUGGGCAUUUCUAUGCUGUGAUGGACUGUUUCUGUGAGAAGACGUGGAGCAACUCGCCGCAGUACAAGAUUGGGUACUGCCAGCAGUGCCCGGAGAAGGUGCAGUGGCCGGCGGAGAUGGGUCCAGCACCCCCUCUCUACUUCAACGCCGGCAUGUUUGUGUUUGAGCCUUGCCUCUCCGUCUAUGAUGAUCUCCUUACCACUCUCAAGAUCACAACUCCUACCUCCUUUGCCGAGCAGGACUAUUUGAAUAUGUUCUUCAGGGACAUCUACAAGCCCAUUCCACCCACCUACAACCUUGUUUUAGCCAUGCUAUGGCGCCACCCAGAGAACAUUGACCUUCAAAGAACCAAUGUUGUUCACUAUUGUGCUGCUGGUUCAAAGCCAUGGAGGUAUACUGGGAAGGAGGAGAACAUGGACAGGGAAGAUAUAAAGAUGUUGGUGAAGAAGUGGUGGGAUAUAUACAAUGAUGAGAGCUUGGACUACAGGAACUCAUCGGCAAAUGGACAGCCUUUCACGGCGGCGCUUUCAGUCCACCGCUACAUUACCGCCUCAUCGGCUGCCUAGAUCGGUUGUUUAAGGCUCAGUUUAUAUAUAUAGGAGUUUAGUUUUGGUAGUUGGGUUUGGUUUAAAGCCAGGGUGAACAUAUUCUUCUUCUUUCUUCUAAAGUUUUAAGUCUAGGAGAAGGGUUGUAUUGGGAGGAUAUGUAAGGUUGAUGAUUUUUUUAUUUCCAUUUUUGUUGAUUGGAAUUUGUUGGGUUUAUGAAUAUUGGAUGAUAUGAAUGUAACAAAAUACAUUAAUUAGCAUACGAUUUGUGUAAAGUUACAAUAUGCUUUUGUGAUCAAAAGCUUAGAAUUCCUAUCUAUAUGCAUACAAGUUGAUUCUUAA